UUACAACACAUGGAUAAUAUAAUAAAAUGGGUUGUGCUUUAAGGAAAGAAGAAAGAAUACAUGAAGAUCAAGCUUUACUAGCAGCUCAAACACAUUUUUCAUUGGAAGAUAUCAAGUCAUUAACUGAACUCUACAAAAAAUUAAGUUGUUCUAUUUGCAAUGAUGGAUUUAUUAGCAGAGAAGAGUUGCAGCUUGGAUUAUUCGGAGAUAAUAAGAAACAUUCUUUGUUUUCAGAAAGGAUAUUCAAUUUGUUUGACUCCAACAAGGAUGGACUAAUUGACUUUGGAGAGUUUAUACGUACACUAAGCAUAUUUCAUCCUAAUGCUUCUCAAGAAGAAAAAAUUUAUGUUACAUUUAAACUAUAUGAUAUAUGGCAAAAGGGAUUUAUAGGACGUGAAGAGGUGAAGGAGCUUAUUUUUGGGUUGUUAUAUGAGUCUGAAUUAAUACUUACUGAUGAUAUAGUUGAAGCUAUUAUCGAUAAGACAAUUGGGGAGGCAGAUUUUAAUGGGGAUGGAAAAAUAGAUAUAGAAGAAUGGAAUACUUUUGUAGCUCAAAAUCCAUCUUUAUUGAAGAACAUGACAAUUCCAUAUCUCAAGGAUAUUACACCUGCAUUUUCUAGCUUUGUGGUGAAUACACAAGAAUGAAGAGAUUUACAAGGAUUUCUGAGUUAUAAAAAUGAUGACGUGGCACAUUUAUCUUCAUUAAUCGAGCCACAUAUAGUAGAUAUAUAGUAGAUAUCGAACAUCAGAUGAAAAAUAAUAGUAGAUAUAUAGUAGAUAUCGAACAUCAGAUGAAAAAUAAUAGAGAAUAAUAAUAGAGAAUAGAUUUCAUACUUGGUAAAGGAUAACUUAGGACUCAUUUACUUUACUAAAGCUUUGUGAUACUAAGAUUAUUCGUCUUCUUUGUACAAUUUUAUCUAUAAUUAUUUAGAAGUUGAUGAACUUAGAAUUGCAAUUCAUUAUUUCUAAAUGUUACCUAUACAAAUGUUAAUGUAGAUAGCAAAGAUGGUCAGUAUUUCGGGACAUCGAAUUCUGAGAUGCACUCAGCUCAACAACA